UAAUAAAUUAACUGGUGUUUUUGUGUCCGGCUGUCCUCUAAUAAUUCAUAAUUUUUUGUCUUAGCCCAAUAUCAAUCUAAAAUAAUAUGAAAUACUAAAAUGGAGUCAGAAAUGUCCACAUGUGACCAGGGGACUGAUAGCCAAUCACCAGUCUCAGAGCACAAUUCAUUGAGUGUAAAAUCAGAAUCCAGGUUGACUAAGGCCAUUGAAAGAGAAGUUUGUGGUGGUAGAAUAGCCAAAGUAGUAUCAGUAAGGUUGGAGGAUUCGUUUGAAGGCUGCAAUCAACAGAAGUUGUGUCCUUACCAGAUGGCGACUGUUACUGUUAAAAAGGAGGAGGAGGAGGAGGAUGAUAGCAGCCAGCAACCAGCUGCAGUGGAAGAUGAUUGCAUCCAACAACACUAUCUAAUCCCUGGCUACAACAUGAUCUUCAUCAAAGAUGAGGCAUAUGACGAUCAAGAGGCUGAAGGAAGUGCAGUGAAGAGUGAACCAGAGAUGUGGCCUUCAAACUGCAGCACAUCUGGCCGAGACUAUGCAACAGAAGUGGGUGGACUGAAUGAGCAUUCAAUCUCUCCAGUGGAAAAGUGCACUGAGUCAUCGGUGGCUGGUAAACAGACCAAGCUCUACAGCUGCGUUCACUGUAGCUUUAAAACACCACAGUUUAGUAAUUUGAAGAGACACAUUAGAAAACAUACUGUAAAACAUUUCAGCUGCCAGUUUUGUGACUACAAAAGUGCUCAGUUUGGUAAUUUGGAAAUACAUACCAGAAAACAUACUGGAGAAAAACCUUUCAGCUGCCAGUUUUGUGACUACAAAAGUGCUCAGUUAGGUAAUUUGGAAAUACAUACCAGAACACAUACUGGAGAAAAACCUUUCAGCUGCCAGUUUUGUUACUACAAAAGUGCUAGAUUAGGUAAUUUGAAAGCACAUACCAGAACACAUACUAGAAAAACAACUCUUAGCCAAGCAUAAUUUUGUCAACCCUCACUUUCUUAUCAAACUUUAUUAAAACAGUUAUCUACUCUA